CAUCAAUAGAAUGAAGAAGAAACAAAACCUUUGGGUUUAUAAACCUAGGCUUAAGCCCCUCCCUGAAACUCCCACUAAACCCUCGGCAAAAUCAGAGACCGUCAACAUUUCAGCAUAAGCUUCCUCAAUUCCGGGCUUUUAGAAACCACAGAGAGAGAUUGAGAAAUGGGGUUACGGUCAAAAGGGUUGGUGAAGAAGGGGAUAAUGGGGUUGGGAGACAUGGGUUUCAACACUAGAGUCGGAGCCAUUAAUUGGUUCCCCGGCCACAUGGCUGCCGCCACACGCACCAUCCACGACCGCCUCAAGUUCGCCGACUUCGUCAUCGAGGUCCGGGACGCUCGUAUUCCACUGUCCUCUGCCAACCAAGACCUCCAGCCCCAGCUCCGUGCCAAACGCUCCCUCAUUGUCCUCAACAAGAAGGACCUCACCAAUCCCAACAUCAUGCAAAAAUGUACUCGAUUUUUUGAAUCCUCCAAGCAAGAUUGCCUUCCCAUCAAUGCACAUAGCAGGAGUUCGGUUUCUAAGCUUCUUGAGCUGGUGGAGUAUAAGCUGAAGGAAGCGAUUUCGAGGGAACCUACUAUGCUUGUUAUGGUUGUUGGUGUUCCUCAUGUUGGGAAAUCAGCUCUAAUCAAUAAUAUUCAUCGGAUUGCAUCCUCUCGCUUUCCCGGUCAGAGUGGUUGUGUUUCUUUCCUAGUUCAGGGGAAGAUGAAGCACGCUACGGUAGGUCCAUUGCCUGGUGUUACUCAGGACAUUGCUGGAUUCAAGAUUGCUCAUCAGCCUAGCAUAUAUGUUCUCGAUACUCCAGGUGUGUUGGUUCCAAGUAUCCCAAACAUAGAGACGGGGUUAAAGCAAGCUCUUGCAGAUGGAGAGAGGAUCAAAUGUUUGAAUAUUCUACGCCUAUUUAUGUAGUUGAAGAUCCAUAUUGAAUGAAAUUCUGAUUAGGAUCUAUUAAGGACUCCGUGGUAAGGGAGGAUCGAAUUGCGAAUUGCUCAAUAUUUACUUGCAGUUCUAAAUUCAAGAGGGACACCUUUUCACUGGAAGAACUCUAAAAAUAUGAGAAUGGAAGGGAUUCAAUAUGAAGCCGAAGACAAAAUUGAUUACAGUCCUAAGAACCUUCUACCUAAUAGAAGGAAGGUGCCAAAUAAGUCUGAUGUGCUGUACAUUGAGGUAACGGAUAUUACUGUAGUUUUGUCUGUCUUUCCAUAGAGCAAAUUUUAAUGGUGAUAAUGUCAAACUUCCUAUGCUUAGUCACUUUGUUUGAACAACAACAGAAGAACAUACUUUCUGGAAACAUACAGAGAUUUUUUUAUAUUUUUUAUUUAUAUUUCAUAAACCUGGUACUAGUUUUCUGA